GACAUUCUGAUAUCGAUUUAUUUAUUUUUGGUAUAUAUUGAUUUGUUCUUUAUUUUAUCUUCUGAUAUUAUAUUUCUUAUUUUGCUGUCAAAACAUUAUUAGCGAUCAAUUUGAAACAGAGCAGAGAGAAUCACAGAAUAGAAGAACAGAAGAUUCAUUUUUUUUCUUUUUGAGAUGGAAGCUGAUGUUUCUAUCAUUUUUGCUGCGUUUUCAAAACCCUAAGUUUCAGAAAUCCCAAUUUCUCCUUUCCUCUUUCUGCUUUGGAUGAUUUUUAACCGAAUAUUUGUGCUUUUGUGCUUUCCGAAUCUUUUGCUUUGAUGGGUACCUCGAAUCUUCUCUUGUUCUUCUCUUUGUUGAGUCUGUGUGCUAUGGCGGCUUCCAAGGUGGUGCUGAUUGGGAGUAAUAUCACUCUCUCCUUCGAUGAUAUUGAAGCUAAUUUUGCCCCAACAAUCAAAGGUUCUGGAGAAUAUGGGGUCUUGUAUUUAGCAGAGCCGCUUGAUGCGUGUACAGAACUGACAAAUAAAGUUGAACAACUACCCAAUACGAGUUCACCUUUUGCUUUGGUUGUUAGAGGGGGAUGUAGCUUUGAGGAAAAAGUCAGAAGGGCACAAAUGGCUGGCUUCAAAGCUGUAAUUGUCUAUGACAAUGAAGAUGGCGGUGUCUUGGUUGCAAUGGCAGGAAAUUCUGCUGGUAUAAGAAUACAUGCUGUAUUUGUAUCAAAAGCUUCGGGUGAAAUACUAAAGAAAUAUGCUGGGUUGACUAAUGUGGAAAUAUGGCUCAUUCCAACUUUUGAAAACUCAGCAUGGUCUAUCAUGGCAAUUUCAUUUAUUUCCCUGCUAGCUAUGUCUGCGGUGCUGGCAACUUGUUUCUUUGUCCGCCGGCAUCGCAUAAGAAGAGAAAGGCCUCGAGCUUCUCUUGUUCGUGAAUUUCAUGGUAUGAGUAGUCGUCUAGUGAAAGCAAUGCCAAGUUUGAUAUUUACUGCUGUUUUGGAAGAUAACUGUACAUCAAGAACAUGUGCUAUAUGCCUUGAAGACUAUUGUGUCGGUGAGAAGCUCAGGAUUCUGCCCUGCUGUCACAAGUUUCAUGCUGCCUGUGUGGAUUCUUGGCUUACUUCAUGGAGAACCUUUUGUCCAGUUUGCAAGCGUGAUGCAAGAACUGGCUUAACUGAUCCACCACCUUCAGAAUCCACUCCCUUGCUCUCAUCAAGCCCAGCAUCUAUGGCAUCCUCUCUUGCAUCUUCUGUGAGAUCGUCACUGGCUUCAUCUUCAGCAAUACAAAUUGUCCGGACAGCUUCACAGACCCCAUCUGUUUCCCGAAACCACUCCAUAUCUAGUACACCUUAUGUUCAGCCAUCUCUCAGGUCCUCCUACCAUCAAUCCCCCUCCCUAAGCAUCAGCCGAAGCUCUGUAGAUCUUAGGAAUGCAUCCCAAAGAUCGCUAGCUUCUCACUUGAAUUCACCACGUUCCACGGGAUAUCCAUCUUUGUCUUCUCUUAACUCGAGGUACAUGUCUCCACAUAUUCCAAGUCCAAGCAAUGCUUCAGUAAGUUAUCUCGGUUCAUCCAGUCAUCAACAGCAUCCUCUCCGAUAUAGUGAGUCAGCUGCAAGCUUCUCACCAUUUGCAUCAACACACUCCCUUCCGGAAUGUUAAAUUGUUCAAAUUGAUUAUAUCAUAUGAUUGAGAUGUCCAUGCAGUUGAAGCAAUGAUUGCCCAGUCUUGAACUAAAAUGUGGCCAUGUGAUGUGAUGACUGGUAACGAGUCCUGUGCAAUGCUUUGGCGUUCCCUAUCUCUAUCUCCUUUGGCACCUGGUGUACUUUGUAGCAUCUCUGUGAUGUUAGUUUCAUUUUCAUGUGCUGGUUGAGGUUCUUGCAUUUUUAGGUUGGCGAGCUUGCGUACAGAAUUUGCGUGUAUUGUUUUUACUUUGAAUAUUGAUGUUUUCAUGGCCUUGAUUUCAAAGUCAACUGCUAACAAAAGAAUGUUGGGCUGUACAGACAGAUUGAAGUUAGAAAAGUUGUUUAUGUUCUGUCCAACUAAGUUAUGAGAUCAUGUGAUACUCUAGUGUUACCUGUACUCGAGCAUCUAAUUUGAACAGUGAGUAUCAAUAAUACAUGUAAAAUUUUCAGAGGA